ACUUUGAAUGGAAUUUGUAUUCUAUUGAGGUUUGGUAUGCUAUUUGAGGCAGCAAAAUGGUAAAAGAGGAGAAUAAUGGAUUGGUAAAUGGAGAGAAAAAGCAUGACCAACAAGAUAUAGUCUAUAAAUCGAAGGUUUAUGCUUUCAAAGAUGGGGAAUAUCGAAAGGCAGAAAUUUUAAUGAUUCAGAAAAGAGCAAGUGGCACUUUCUAUUAUGUUCAUUACGAUGAUUAUAAUAAACGACUGGAUGAAUGGAUUACAAUUGAAAAUAUUGACCUUAAAAGAGGAAUCGAGUAUCCGCCACCUGAGAAGCCGAAAAAAGCUCAAGGAAAAGGAAAGUCUGCAGACUCUAAAUUUCCCAAAAAUGACAGAAGAAGAUCUGUAACCAAGCCGGCUAAAACUGAACCAGGUACACCUUUAGGGAAGGUGGAACCCUCUACCCCUUCUGCCGAGAGUGAUCACGGCUCAAAUGCUGGAAAUGAAAGCCUCCCUUUGUUGGAUGAAGAGGAUAAGCAUAAGGUACCGGUAUCGAAAGAAGAGGAAGUAGAAAGACUUCGCUUUAGUGGGUCCAUGGUUCAAAACCCUCACGAGAUUGCCCGUAUUCGAAAUAUAAACAAGAUUCAACUUGGCGACCAUGAAAUCGAACCUUGGUAUUUCUCUCCUUAUCCAAAGGAGUUUUCUGACGUUGAUGUGGUUUACAUAUGCUCUUUUUGUUUUUGCUAUUAUGGAUCUCAACGUCAAUUUGAACGCCAUCGUCAAAAAUGCAGCCUACAGCAUCCCCCUGGUAAUGAAAUAUACAGAGAUGAUUAUAUAUCUUUUUUCGAAAUUGAUGGUCGUAAACAAAAAACUUGGUGCAGAAAUGUCUGUCUUCUGUCGAAAUUGUUUUUAGAUCAUAAAAUGCUCUAUUAUGAUGUUGACCCAUUUUUAUUUUAUGCAAUGUGCCAAAGAGAUGAAUAUGGUUGCCAUUUGGUUGGCUACUUUUCGAAGGAGAAAGAGUCAGCUGAAAAUUACAAUCUCGCUUGUAUUUUAACUUUGCCCCAAUAUCAACGACAUGGUUAUGGUAAACUAUUAAUCCAAUUUUCAUAUGAAUUGUCCAAAAAAGAACACAAACAUGGCUCUCCUGAAAAGCCUCUUUCCGAUUUGGGUCUUAUUAGUUAUCGAGCUUAUUGGGCAGAACAAAUUAUAACUCUUGUUUGCAGUAUGCGGACUGAAACCACCAUUGACGAACUUGCAAACAAGACUGCUAUGACUACAAAUGAUGUUUUGCAUACACUUCAGGCCCUUGAUAUGCUAAAAUACUAUAAAGGCCAAUUUAUAGUCUGUAUAACUGAAGGUAUCGAGCAACAGUACGAAAGGAUAAAAUCAAAGAAACGAAGAAGGAUUGAGUCUAAUUUACUUGAAUGGCAACCUCCUGUAUUUCAUCCUUCUCAGUUACGCUUCCGCUGGUAAUCAAAUCUAAAUUAAUUGAAAGGGACUGCUGGACAAUCCCAUGUGAUAAUAAAAUCUCUAUUUAUAUAGUAUUUGUACUUUGAUCGCGAAUUGAUGUUUAGUAAAGCUUUUGUUUAUGAAUCAUCAUCGAUUUUUUUUUCUGU